AUGUCCUCGGCUACCGUCGUUAAGUUGAUUUCUGAUGAUUCAGAAUAUCCAAAUUUACAAGUACAAUCAACGGAUUCGAAAACAUUAAUUGUCGGACGAAAUGAAUUGAGUAAAAUAAAGUCAACACGAUGUGCGAGACAGCAAGUUGCUCUUCAUAUCGAAGAUGACAACCACGUCUACAUCGAACAACUUGGCGCAAAUACGUCAUUUGUAAAUGAAAUACCGAUAGAUUCGAAGAAGCGACAGUUAUUACAUGAUGGUGAUAAACUUCAGUUGGUCGAAAAUGAACAUUGCUAUACGAUUCGAAUUGAUCCAUACGUGACAGUUCAACCAACAUUGAAAAGACAAAACACAGAUGAUAACGGAGCUCAGCAGACGUCUAUGAAGAGACCAAAACCAUCGGCGAAUAGUCAAAAUGUGGAAGAUGAUGAUGACGAUGAUUCAGCGGAAGAAAAUCGUUUAGCCUGGAUUCAACAACAACUCAAUGCUUUGCAAGAAAAUGCCACUCAACCAACACAACCACCAUCACAACUACCGUCAGUGACUACGGCAACAUCGAAAGAUCUGUGGGAAAAACCUUACAAGGGCCUUGAAGUAUUCACUUCGAAAGGAGUGAUCAGUAGCGAAAAAAUCGCUGCUUUUGACAUGGACGGGACGAUCAUUCUCACGAAAUCUGGUAAAGUACAUCCAACCGAUGAAAAUGAUUGGCGUAUUGGAUUUGAUACAUGUUUCAAAAAACUUAAACAAUUACAUACAGAUCAUUAUAAAAUUGUUGUCUUCACCAAUCAGCGUGGUUUAAUGAAAGCAGCAUCGACAGACAAUUUUCGAAAAAAAAUUCAAUUUAUUCAACAGAAGUUAAACGUUCCUAUGCAAGUAUUUGUUGCAAUUCACCCCGGCCGUUACCGAAAGCCAUGUAUUGGUUCAUGGUUACUUUUGCAAUCCAAAUACAAUGAUGGUAUUCAGAUCGAUAAAAGCAAAUCAUUCUAUGUAGGCGAUGCUGCCGGUCGUCCCGAUAAAUGGCGAGCGAAAGCGAAAAAAGAUCAUUCGUGUGCCGAUCGUCUCUUUGCUAUCAAUGUUGGUUUAAAAUUCUACACUCCAGAAGAAUAUUUCCUCGGAUUAAACAAAGCUAAUUACGAAAUGCCAAAAUUUGAGCCAAAAGCUCUUCGAUCAAUCUUAUCACUUGUAGAACCAACCACUGGUUCCCUGACAUCGGAUAAAGUCGAACUUAUUGUUAUGUGUGGACUUCCAGCAUCGGGUAAAAGUUGGUUUGUUAAAAAGCACAUUGUAUCGCAUAAAUACGAAUAUAUUAAUCGAGACGAAGUUGGUACUUGGCAAAAAUGCGUCAAAAUGGCUGAAACAGCGCUGAGUAAACAACAAAGUGCGAUCAUUGACAACACUAAUCUUGAUAAAGAAUCUCGACAAAGAUAUGUCGAGGUGGCCAAGAAGUUCCAAGUUCCAUGUCGAUGUUUUAUCAUGAAUGUAUCACUUGAACAUGCGAAACACAACAAUCUCUUUCGACAAAUGAUCGGUGCAGAUGAUGCUCAUAAAGAUGUUAACGAUAUUGUGAUCAUGGGUGCCAACAAACGUUAUGUUAAACCAACAUUAGAUGAAGGUUUUUCGGAAAUUCUUACAAUCAAUAUGCAACCUCUAUUCGAUGACCAAGAGUUAGAAGAGUUGUACUAUCAAUAUAUUCUCGACAAAUAG